AAGGCUGCGCUGCUUCCGGCCAGCUCAGCGUCUAUCUUCCGGACUCGGACCCGCUCCUUCGCCGCCGCUGGUGGAGUGUCGACGCGGGCUAGGCGGUCCGGCAGGGAAGCUGCCGCCCGCGAGAUCUCGCCUCCCUCCUCCAAGGCCGGUGCCGACUUUGGCUCUCAGGACGCGCCUGAAGUUUCCCCUUCGGAGGCCUGCGCUUCUCAGGGCGGGGCGGGCAAUUCCGAGGAGAGCAGCGAGAGCGGGGAGGCAGCCGGCGAGGCGACUUCCGUCGCUAGCACCAUGCUGGACGUAUUCGGCUCCAUCCCCACCCAGAUGGACUACAAGGGUCAAAAACUAGCAGAACAGAUUUUUCAAGGGAUCAUUCUUGUUUCUGCGGUAAUUGGUUUCAUCUAUGGCUACAUCGCGGAACAGUUUGGUUGGACUGUCUAUAUAGUUAUGGCUGGGUUUGCUUUAUCAUGCCUGCUAACACUCCCUCCAUGGCCUAUGUACCGCCGCAAUCCUCUGAAAUGGCUACCUGUCCAAGAGUCGGGAUCAGAAGAUAAGAAGCCAGCAGAGAGAAAACUGAAAAGGCAUACUAAAAGUUGAAGAAUAUGAACCCUCAUGAUGUAACAUUGGAUAAUUUUGCUUCAUUAAAGGUUUCUGUGAUAUUCCCAGUAUGACACCUUCCUUUCUUAGUACUUUAGAGAUUACUUGCUACUGUUAAUAUACCAGGAUCCAACUCAAGGAACAGUACAUUUGGGGUUGAGGAAAAACAUGCAAAUUGCCUCUAGCUAAAAUUUUGCUAGGCUUUGCUGUGAAAGCAAAAUGGGAAGUAAACAUUAAAUGAGUUUAAAUUAAAAAUGAAUUUCAGGGUGCACUUAGGCAAGUUCUAUGUUCUUGUAAGCUCUGCAGUUUAGUAUUUCACUUGUAAGUAACACUGCCUGUAAAGUAAUCAGUCUAUUUAAGAAAACUGAGGAAAUAGCUUGAAUUAAAAUAUUGGUAUCAGUAAAACAUUUCAGCUGAAGUAGCCGUGGUGCAUUUAACAAAGGUAUUGAGUAUAAAAUAACCAGCUGAUUUAGUUAUGUGUAUUGCAUUUGCAAGUUCAUGGCGGCUCAAAAUUUUCAAAUUUAAGUAUACAUAUUAUUACAUAGAAUUCAGGGACAAGUUUUGAUUCCUGUGUAAAGCUGGGGAAUUAAGUCUUUCUGGUCCUUGUGAGUGAACUGCCUUCUCCCUUUUUAUGGAGAAUCAGUCCUUUUUAAUGUGAUUUGGAUGUGUAUGUAUGAAUGUACACAAGUAAAAUAUGCCUACAUCUAGUAUCUGUAAUGUGACAAGAAUGAGGUAAUAUGAACUAGGCCUUUAGGAAGACUUUACCUAAAAGAAUUUUAGUUGCAGCAAAGCUAACAUGGAGUUGGGAAUAGGGCAGAUAUAGAUAGUGAACCGUUGUUUGGUGGUAAGGAGAAAGUUUAAAACCAUAAAGACUAGUUUUAUUCAUGAAUUCAAGCAAUUUUAGUAGUUGGUCACAUAGAAAUGAAGCAUAACAGUAUGAGAAGUCUUAAGAUUUUGUUGUUGUUUUUUGUUACUGAAACACAGCAACUUUGCAGGGUUGCUUUAUAAGUGAUUAAAUUCCUUAGCCUGAAAAACUA